AAAAAUGUAAAUAGUGUGUCGAAACCACUGGAAUUUUGCCGAAUUUUCUUGUUUUUCGUGUUUUAAUUGAAUUGAAAAAUAUCAAGUUGCUCUUUUAUGAUUUUAAUACAUUAAAUAUUACAAUUUAAACCAUGGAUCUGUCAUUGAAUAUAUCAACAUCAGCGAGUAGUAGCAAGUCAACUCCAAAACUAAAACUACCGACAGUGGGAACGAAGCGAAAAUCGAAUAUUGGUGGUUUUGAUUUUAAUUUCGUGAAAAAUGACAAAGUCAAAGCAAUCGUAGCUCGAAAACGACCGCCACAAUUAUUGUUGGCCAAGAAAUCAGCAGCAAAUAAAGCGUCCACUGAGAAUUUGAUAUCGAAACCCAUUCAAAAACCGGUAGAUAAUUCAAAACAGACCCAAAACAAAGUGAAUACACCACAAAAAUCAACGCCAAACAAGAAAAAUGAUGAUAUAGAUUCACUUUUGAGUAUGGCCAAGGUUAAACAACCAGAAGAUGAGGCAUCGUUGAGUCUGAAUAUAUACACCAGCUUUGAUUUGACUCAAAUGUCAGCGAAAAGGUUUGGCGAAAAGAAAAAGAAAUUAUCACGAAAUGAGCGCAAAGAGCGAGUUAUGCAACGACGAAUCGACGAAGCUCGUGGUAAGCAAGAGAAGAAAACACCAAACGCGUUUGCAAAACAAUCGAAUGUCGAAGCUGGCCCAAAAAUAAAUCUUCAGAAAAAUACAGAAUCAACUAAUAAUGUGGAAAGAAGGCCGAAAAUGUUUGAGAAAAAACCCGAAAACAAACCGAUGCGAAAAGCAGAAAAUAUAUUCAAAAAUACUCCAGAUGUACCUGUAGUUGGACAGCGUUUUGUUAAACCGGUCAAUGAAAUUGUCUUCACCGGGUUGCCAAUGAGUUCGAUUGGUUUACAUCCACAUUUGGUGAAAACACUAGCAGAUUUAUUUGGAAUAACUGAACUAACGAACGUUCAACAGCGAGCCGUUCCUAUCGCGCUAGAAGGUCGUGAUAUUUUAGUUCGAUCACAAACCGGAUCUGGCAAAACACUGGCCUAUGCUUUGCCUAUUGUACAGCAACUACAAGAUAUCAAACCGAAAAUAAAUCGAAACGAUGGCAUUCUUGCGUUGGUUAUCGUUCCAACUCGCGAAUUGGCCAUUCAAACGCUCGAAGUUUUCAUCAAACUUCUGAAACCGUUCACAUGGAUUGUGCCGACUUAUAUAACGGGCGGUGAAAAGCGAAAAUCAGAGAAAGCCCGACUUCGAAAAGGAGUCAAUAUUUUAAUUGGAACACCCGGAAGGAUUUGUGACCAUUUGCUACACACUGAAUCAUUUAAAAUAGAUAAGGUCAAGUAUUUAGUAUUGGAUGAAGCCGAUCGACUGUUCGAAUGUGGCUAUGAAAAAGAUGUCAAAGUCAUUGUUGACGCUCUCAACAAAGAACCAGAAGCGAAAAAUCCAUUCGCAAAAUCCAAUGAGGUUGAAGAACCACAAGUAAAACGAAUAUCAAAUGUACAAACUUCACUGUUGUCUGCGACUUUGUCAUCGGCCGUUCGUCAAUUAGGGAAUUUGGCAUUGAAAAAUCCACUUUUUAUCGAUACCAGCGAUAAGAAGGACAUUGAAUUACCGAAAACAAUUCCGAUUGCUGGCCAAAGCGAAGACUCAAUUGAAGCGAUCGAAGAGAGUUUGGCCAAUGAAAAUAUUGUUAUUCCAGAGAAAGUCACACAAAAAUAUAUUUUAGUGCCACCAAAACUACGUUUGGUCACUUUAACAGGAUUGAUUUCGAAAGAAACAUGCGAUGGCAGUAAAUCGUCAAAGAUUUUAGUAUUUUUGGCCACCGAAAAUUUAGUCGAUUAUCAUUAUGAUUUAAUGACCGAAACAUUGACCAAGAAAGUGGUCGACUCAGAUGAUGAGGACGAUGGAGACGAUGAUGACAAUAUGGCACUUCCGGACGGUGAGAGUGAUUUGGAGGAUGAAGAUGGAUUGUUGGAUAAAGUAAGAACAAAAUCGAAGAAGAAGUUCAAAGAAAGACCGUUGCUAGCUGAUGUGAAAUUUUUCAAACUUCAUGGAUCGUUGACACAACAUGAGCGCAGUGCCAUUUUCAAAGCGUUCAAAGAGGCAAAAUCUGGUGUAUUGCUGACAACGGAUGUGACCGCACGUGGAAUUGAUGUGCCGGCGGUAGAUUUGGUGGUUCAAUUUUCAUCGCCGCAUAAAUUGGCCGAUUACGUGCAUCGUGUUGGCCGAACAGCCCGUGCUGGACUAAGUGGGCGCGCCAUACUAUUUUUAUGUCCAAAUGAAGUCGAAUUCAUUCGAACACUGGAAUCAAAGCGGAUUAGAAUUGCCCAAGAUGACUACAAAACGUAUUUAAAAGCCAUCCAAGAUAAUAGCGAAUUAGUGACGGGAACAUUAGAAGAAAUGGCUUCUGAACAACAGCGUAAAUUCGAACUACUAGUCGCCGACGACAAAGAAAUCUAUGAGAAAGCUUGUAAAGCAUUCGUGUCAUGGUUACGUUAUAUAUCAUCGUUUCCAAAAGAUUUGCGACACAUUUUCAAUGUGAAAAACACACACAUGGGUCAUUACGCAAAGUCGCUUGCAUUGCGCGAACCACCAAAAUCAUUUACGAAAGAGUUUAGCAAACCGAAGGCACCGUUGCCACAGAAUCGAUUAACCUAUACGGACAGAUCGACAACGAAAAAAUCGGAACGAGUAACUGAUUCAAAAACUGUGAAAAAGAAUGGAAUGAAACGACCGUCAACGACUAUGACCGGUCUCGGCAAAUUCGUAUCCAAAUCAAUUAGUUUAUCAACAUCGGAAUUCGACAGUGGCUUACCGCCGAUGAAAAAACGAAAGAACUAACCAACCGAAAUUAAUCACAACCAAAACCAACAAUCGCAUAAACAAAAACGUUUUCUUGUUAACGGAAACAUCGUUUCAUUUAAACAAUUCGAUAUAAAAAUUGUUGUAAUUGAUUUUGACUGAGUUCUUUUUUUUCACUCCUUUCAUUGUUAAAUAAAUAAAAUCAAAUAAUUCAUUUGAGAUUGUAUAUGGUAUGAUCCGUUCAACUCGUUGAUACGAUGAACACAAAUGCAUAAAUAAAUUGACGUAAAAACAAACGAUGAAUGAUUUGA